AUGUCACCAGCUCCCGCAGCUACGGCACCUACAGCGGCCACUACAACCUUUGUCGCCUCAGACUACACCACCAGCGACAAUUUUCAGGGAUGGUACCUGCAAACAACUCCCGAGCCCAUCGUCUGCGGAUCGACCGAGACCUUCUACACAAGUAGCACAUAUGGCGACUGCUACAAUCCGUCAAGCUCGGCCCCCAUGCCGACAGGAUGUGAUGGUGCAACGUUGCUUUACGAAGAUGACCUCCAAGCAGGGUGCCCGACAUCAUAUUCCUGCAGCGCCUACAAGAUAUUUCCAACAGAGGGUUCAGACGCAGAGGAGGCGAUCUUAAAAUAUGGUUGUUUGAUUAAUUGGGGCGCCGAUAGUAUCUAUCGGUCCCUUCCUGCUCGAUUCGCUUCCUCUACCGCCGCGCCUGAAGUUACCGCCACUGCAUCUAUGUCUGCCACAACAGCUACAAGUACCCAUCACACCGCAACCAGCACCAGCACCGGCUCGACCGCCAACUCAACUUCAAACAGCAACAGCGGAUCAAGCAACUCGGGCAGUGGGCUAUCAAGCGGGGCAAUUGCUGGAAUAGUUAUAGGAUGUGUCGCACUUGUCGUGAUCAUUCUUCUAUUGGUGUUUCGGAAGAAGGUCAUGGCUUUUUUCAAAAAAGACUCGCCCGCCGAAGACAAGGGACCCGCCUGGUCUGCAGGAAGCAUGCCGCCUCAGACGCAGCCCGCGUCUCAAGGAAGCUCUGCCUUGCUGGCUUCGGAGAUGUCAUCGGACUAUAAGCCUGUUCAUGAGAUUGGAUCCUCACCUCAUACGCACUCCGCAUCUCAAGAAGGCUCUACUUUGGACGCGUCGGAGAUGCCAUCGGAAUAUAAACCCGUUCACGAAAUGGGCUCUUCUCAGCAGACAUCAACUCGCCCGGCUGUGGUGCAUGAGCUGGGCUAG